GACGUGUCUGGCGCAGGUGGGCGGAGCCUGGCAGACGGCGGGCAGGCGAGCGAGCGAGCGGAGGCUGCGAGUUGGUGGCUGCGUUUCGCGGGAUAUCGAGGGAGCUGUGGAGCAGAGCGGGCUCCGCUUUAUGAUCUUCGGGCAAGACAGAGACUUGAGGCGGACCUCGUCUGGCGGCGGGAACUGACUUGUUACCCGCUGACGAACAGACAGCAGCUCACCCGGGAGCGUUCCCGCGUCCUCGAGCCACUCGCAGGAUGCCGUUGGCACAGUUAGCCGGACCCUGGCCCAAAGUGGACGUGGUUCACCUGGAGACUGAGAAUGGACAUGGAGUGUCAGAGGAAACGGCAGAUAUUCCAUCGCAGGAAAAGUCAGAAAUCACAUGGAUAGAAAAGGACUUUGCCUCUUUAAAUUGCAAGGAUGAAGAAAAUGUGAAAGAGAUCAACAUAACACAUCAUGUUAAAGAAGGAUCUGAGAAAGCAGAUACAUCCCACUUUGAGCUGUUGAAGGUACUAGGCCAGGGAUCCUUUGGAAAGGUGUUUCUUGUCAGAAAGAUCAAAAUGCCAGAUGCAGGUCAGCUGUAUGCCAUGAAGGUAUUGAAGAAAGCGACACUAAAAGUGCGAGAUCGAGUGCGGACAAAAUUAGAGCGAGAUAUCUUGGUGGAUGUUAAUCACCCAUUCAUUGUGAAGCUGCAUUAUGCUUUUCAAACAGAAGGCAAGCUUUACCUCAUCCUGGACUUCCUCAGAGGAGGUGAUCUAUUUACCCGGCUUUCGAAAGAGGUGAUGUUCACAGAAGAAGAUGUUAAGAUAUAUCUGGCAGAAUUGGCUUUAGCCUUGGACCACCUUCACGGUCUUGGAAUUAUCUACCGAGACCUCAAACCAGAAAAUAUUCUACUGGAUGAAGAAGGACAUAUUAAGCUAACGGACUUUGGCCUGAGUAAGGAAGCUGUUGACCAUGAGAAGAAGGCGUAUUCGUUUUGUGGAACUGUUGAGUACAUGGCUCCUGAAGUGGUUAACCGGCGUGGCCAUACACACAGUGCUGACUGGUGGUCCUAUGGUGUUUUAAUGUUUGAAAUGCUUACUGGUUCCCUGCCCUUCCAAGGAAAAGACAGAAAGGAAACCAUGACACUCAUUCUGAAAGCGAAAUUGGGGAUGCCUCAGUUCCUGAGUUCUGAAGCCCAAAGUUUGCUGCGGGCACUUUUCAAGAGAAAUCCUGCCAACAGAUUAGGAGCUGGCGUGGAUGGUGUUGAAGAACUCAAACGACAGACCUUCUUUGCAAAUAUAGAUUGGAAUAAACUUUACCGAAGGGAACUGAAGCCGCCAUUCAGACCUGCUGUGGCCAGGCCAGAUGAUACCUUUUAUUUUGAUCCUGAGUUUACGGAACGAACGCCCAAAGAUUCUCCUGGUGUUCCUCCAAGUGCCAGUGCCCACAAGUUAUUCCGAGGCUUUAGUUUUGUGGCAACGGGAGUGGAAGAGGAAGAAGUAAAGAGUGUCAAUUCAAAUGUGGUCAUUCACCCGGUGUUGCAGCAACUACAUGGAAACAACAUGAAUUUUACUGAUGGUUACGAGCUGAAGGAGGAUAUUGGUGCAGGUUCAUACUCUGUCUGUAAACGUUGCAUUCACAAGACCACAAAUAUGGAGUAUGCUGUCAAGAUUAUUGAGAAGAGCAAGAGAGAUCCUUCAGAGGAAGUUGAAAUUCUGCUGCGGUAUGGACAACACCCAAACAUCAUUACACUGAAAGAUGUCUACAAUGACAAUAAGUACAUCUACCUCGUGACGGAGUUGAUGAGAGGAGGGGAACUGUUGGAUAAAAUAAUGCAGGAGAAAGGCUUUUCUGAGAGGGAGGCGAAUGCUCUUCUUCACACUAUUGCCAAGACGGUGGAAUACCUGCAUUCCCAGGGGGUGGUUCACAGAGACCUGAAGCCAAGUAAUAUCCUGUAUGUAGAUGAUUCAGGUAAUCCUGAAUCUAUUCGAAUCUGUGAUUUUGGUUUUGCUAAGCAGCUGAGGGCUGACAAUGGUCUACUCAUGACUCCAUGCUACACGGCCAACUUUGUGGCCCCAGAGGUUCUCAAACGCCAAGGAUACGACGAAGGUUGUGAUAUUUGGAGUCUGGGCAUUUUACUUUACACCAUGUUGGCUGGGUUUACCCCAUUUGCUAAUGGCCCAGAUGACACACCAAAUGAGAUCCUGGCUAGGAUUGGAGGUGGCCACUACAGUUUGCAGGGUGGAAACUGGGACAAAGCUUCUUCUGCUGCAAAGGACCUUGUAUCCAAGAUGUUGCAUGUUGAUCCACACCGACGCCUGACAGCAAAACAGGUCCUGAAGCACCCAUGGAUUGUGAACCGAGAUCAGCUACCACAGAGCCAGCUAGCCCGACACGAUGUUAAGCUUGUUAAAGGUGCCAUGGCUGCCACAUUCUCAGCCUUGAGCAGCUCUCCGCCAGCACCAAAACUGGAAUCUGUGAAGGCAUCAACCUUAGCUCAACGAAGAGAACUUAAAAAACUGCCAUCCACAUCACUGUAACUCAGUAUCAGCACCUACAGCUCACCACAAACUAGAGCACUUCUGGGAAAGCUAAAUUCCAGGCACAGUCAUAGAGAGCGGUCCCCUCGAAGACAAAGAGCUUGGAGCUUUGCGAAUCCUUGGGACAAUUUUGGAGAUCGUGAGAGACAAAGGAAUGAAGCCAAGGGACUCUGCCUGCCAUCAUGUGAAGAAUUUUACAACUUUAAUGCAGAGUCUUAAAUAUCUCGCACCAGUUUUUGCUGAACACCAUCACGAGCUGUCAGGAGGUUUUUACAGAGCCCUCCAUAAUGUUUGGGACAAAUACCCAUCAUUCACUUAUUUGCCUCUGUACUUCACAAUCUAAGAUUUGUAAUAGAAAAAAAAUCACAUGUGUUUAAAAUGCACAUUGUCAAAUUUUAAUAAAGGCCAUUUUUAUACAUUUUGGUUUCACCGUGUAGAAAUUACAGCACUGUUUAUACAUAGUCCCCUCUUGUCAGGGCACUAUAAAGUUUAUGACACAGCAAUGUCAUGUAAAUGAGAGUAGUCGUGUUUAGUAUUUUAGUGCAUAUCCUUUGAAUGAAAUGACUGCUUGAAGUUUUGUGGACAUCACCAGUUGCUGGGUGUCUUCUCUGGUGAUGCUCUGCCAGGCCUGUAUUGCAGCCAUCUUUAACAUUCUAUAAACACAGCUGUAAUUUUUACAUGGUGAAACCAAAAUGUAUAAAAAUACCCUUUAAUAAAAUCUGACAAUGUGCACUUUACCCACAUGUGAUUUUUUUUUUUCUAUUAUAUAUCUCAAAUUGUGGCGUACUGAGGCAAAUAAAUAAAUGAUGGGUCUUUGUCCCAAACAUUGGCACUGUAGGUUCUGUUCGAGAACAUUUAUUGUGGGUUUUUAAUGCUUUGAGGACAGAAAAAUGCAGUACUUUUUAAACUGGCAAUGAACAUGUUACUGGGUGUAGGUCAUGCAAAGCAUAAUUGCCAGUGAAUCCCUAAACUGUUUUCAGAUCAAAGCUCGGGUGCAGAUUAUGCAGCAACAUUCCUGCGAGCUUUGAAGAUUUUAAACUAAUGAUUGUGCCUAGAAGUUCAUCAAGUGGUCCUUUUUGUUUCAGUACUAUCCCUCCCCCCCUCCAAUGCAGUUACUAAACUCAUGCUAUCUGCAAUUAUAUGUGGUAAAAGCUUCAUUAUGUACCAUGAAGAUCAAUGUUUGUUGCUGCUUCAAUUUAUUUUUCCUAGGAUUACGUGAACAGAAUAGCACAGUAAAUGAAAAGCUGUAUUAUAAUAACUUAAUCUGCCAAUUGGCAAUUGAAAUCUACCUAAUAUAUUAGAUUUUAUGCAUAAAGCAAACAUCAAAAUGUUUAAGAUCAACAUAAUCUGACUCAAAUAUUUGGCAAACUCUAUACCAGCAGGUUAUGUUGCUUGCUGUUAAUAAACCAUAUAGUUAGUUGUCCCAUAACCAGUGCUUGGAUUCUGCUUUUGAUUAAGUAUCCUGACACUGCCAAAAUCUUUCCUAUUACAUAACUGAAUAGUGUCAGUAUCUCCAGCAACUAUAUGUCAGUGAAUGACAGUAUCUAGAGUGAAUAUUUGGUUGCAUGUAGUAGAAUCUGGAAGUGAUUGCACACUGGGAUGAGACUACAGCAGCAAUGUUUGUGUAUCCAGGCCCUACAUGUAAAUUGAGUCAUUAUGUAUUGGUGUGAUUGUGUAACUGGGGAUGGUUAUACCAGGAGUGAUUUGUGCAUUUGGGAAUGUAAUAACUUGGAGUGAUUGUGCUUUGAACUGUGCUUGGAAUAGGACUGAUUACUUAUCGGAGGAGUACAUGUAACUGGCAUUAUUGGAGAUUCAGGUCUUGUCAGCGUCUGCUGUGUUUGUGUUCCAAUCAAUGCUGAAACAAUAAUGGUUUCAAAGAUCAGUGAUUUUGAUAAGUAAUAAAGAUGACGAAUAAUUGAAUUGAAAUGCUUUCUUCACUGUCGGAUCUGUAAUAGGAAUUCUUAAUGCAAUGCCGAGGGGACCAGCUCUUCAAAUUGAAUGGUUCACUCCUGUUUUCUUAUGAUAUGUUGGAUAAUUGAUCUUAGGAGAUGAUAGUACCAGUUAAACAAAUGGCAUAAUGAAUUGCACAUUCAUUGGCAAUAGAUUAAAUAUGAAGCAUGUCUAUAUGUUGUAAUGUUAGGGUAUAGUUCUAGACAGGCUGAUCAUUUUGAGGCAGUGUAUGUAAACAUUUAUACUGAACCCAAAAGCACAUUAGAUUAUCGGGGUACAUGUGGUUUGAUUUUAUUCUGUCUGUGAAAUAAUGUACUUCUUUAUUUUCCAUGUACUGACCCACCAAUAAAUACCUCCAGCAUUUGUUAUCCUGAAGUGGAGGAAACUGUCUUAGAACUCGCUUUAAUUGCUCUUUGAGGAAAAAAAUCUCCCAGGUAGUAUAUACAAUAUCAUUUUGGAGGUGCUUGUAAUAUAGUUGCACAAAAUAUAUAGAUUUGCAAACCUCCAUACAACAUAGACUUUUGACAGCCAUUUAGCUACUUCUGGUGUCUGUAUUCUGUCGAUGUCAUACUCGCACAGCACGGUAGUGCAGAUGUGAUGUAUCCUAUCGCAUACUUCAUGGCUGCAGGAUCAUUCAACCUGUUUUGCUAUCCUUUUCAGGAACAAUCUUCUUGCUCCAUCGCUGCACAUCCUGAGAGUUACUCAUGUUUAUGAGAUGAUCAUUGGUGACCAGGUCACUUCUUCAUUUAGCUGUUUUUUACUAACACUGAUGCAGUGCUUUUUUGUGAAUGGGCUGUGUAAAAAAAACUAUAAAUUUGGAAAUUUGAUCAAUGCUGCAUAACUGUAACUUGAGUUUUCCCAAGGUGGUCAUGAUAACAACAAUUGCUCAGUUGUCCUGUAUGACUGAAAAUUCAAUAGGGCACUUCCUGGCACAACUUGCCUUUGGGUGUCUGACGUAUUUUUUGAAUUGUAAAUGCUGCGAUUUCUCAUGCAGUGAUCUUUUUGGAACAUUGCGGGAAAAAUUGGUCAAUUUUUCCAGGAGAGUCAUUGCAAAUUCUUAGGACAAAGCUUUGCUGGACUGGGACUCCAUGACAUUCAUUUCCAAUACAUAGCCCCAUUCUUCAGGACCCCAUCGCACUAUGCUACCACCCCAUUGAUUUCCCAAAUCUCCUGACUCCCUGCAUUCUUUGGCAUCUACAUCUGAUUCUCACUACCUCUCCCAACGUCCUUCAAUCAGCUAGAUCUCCAAACUCUUCCACUCCCCACACCCCCAUCUCCCAGCCUUGUCCCUGCAACUCUAAUCUCCAGCCAGCUGACAACUGGAUCUCUUGGCCAAAUCAGCAACAAACUCCUGCCUCUGUUUCCACUUCCCAAUCCGAAUCAGAUUAUGAUGCAGCACCACAACUCUCUUCCUUUGACCCUAACAGGUUCUCUGAUGGCAUUGGUGAUAACUGACCCUCAAGUCAUUUAGAUUGUUGCAUAUUCUGAUCCGAACAUUCUCCAAUGUUAUUGCUGCAGAUAAUCAGUGGGGUUGGACUCCUGCAUAUUGUUGUGCCCAUAGAUUUUAUUUUUAGGAGAACAAGGGUGGAGGGAGGGCAUGCUGUUGUUCUGUUGUAUGGAACAAGCAAGGUGUAAUUUGUGUAACUUGCAAUCAACUUUAAUGUUCUUAUUAAAAUUAUGGGCUAAAAUUAAGUUUCAAAGGAUGUAACAUUUUAUAUCAUUUUAGAUGAAUUAUUUUGUAAUUUGUUCAUGUAAUUUUAAGUUUUGAAUGUCUCUGCUCCAUUAUCAGAGGUCUGUCUAUACUGCAACACUGAAUAAACAGCAGAACUGCA